UGCAAUAAUGCAGCUUCAGAAUUAGGGCUUUGGUGGGUUUGCCAUUUCUGCCACGAUCCUUGGCUAUCUAUCCAUACCUAUUAUAUUAUAUAUACCUCCUCUGAUCCGAUCUUUGGCACAAAUCACUCGCCAUCAUAUCCAAACCCAAAAAGCUCUUCUCAUCUCGCUCAUGCUGCAAGCAUGCAUCAGCUAGCAGCCCGCACAACCCAUCUCUUCUAUUAUUGAUCCUAUCCUAGAGCUGGCCGGCCUCUCGAUUCUCAAAAUUAAAAAGGUUGCAGAGGUCUCCGUGAUCUCCAAUGGACGCGCCUCCUCCAUCUCUAGCCACGGCCAGCUCCGUCGUUAACCUGUCGCUGACGCUGGGCCCCACCUCGCCGCCGCCCUCCUAUCCGGAUCACGCUGCUGCAAUCGCGGCGGCCUCCGACGGUUGCGCUGAUGGAGGAGGCGGCGGCAGAGGUGCUGUGAGGCUCUUCCCUUGCCUCUUCUGCAACAAGAAGUUCCUCAAGCCUCAGGCGCUAGGGGGACACCAGAACGCGCACAAAAAAGAGAGGGGCGUCCCGGCGGAGGCAUCCACCGUCCCUAACAUGGUUGCGCCUACCAACCAGACACCUCCGAUGGUGCAGAUCCAAGUCUCACCCUCCUGCCGCUCCCAUGGCGAGAACUCUCACCUCGAUGACACGGCAACAUUCGGAGGUUCUCAUUGCGCCACCGAUGACGAUGGCGACGGUGGUAAUGGUUUGUCACGGUGGUGGUAUGCGGAGGGCGGCGGCGGGUCAUGUCCGCUCGGCGGCGACGAGAAGAAGAGGCUUGUUGAUCUCAAUCUGAAACUCUAGAGUCAGUUGCUCUUGCAACGGUUCUCAAGCUGUUUUGUCUAGCUAGCUGUGCCCUAGCUGCUGGGGUGGGGGUGGGAUACAGUCGUACAGUUGUUGUGGAGUGGGGGCCAGAAGUGUGGCGCACUUUGGAACACGUGUAAUUCUUUUGUGCCAUAUUGUACAACUACCUCCCUCCUAAUUCUCCGGUGUAUGGUUAAUUCAGCAUUA